CACCAGGCUCGCUGUCACCAUGGGAGGCCACGACGUGGGAGCCCCGAGCGCGUCCGACGAGCUUCGACGUGAGGCCCGGCCAUCGGGCCAGCCGAUCAUCGACGACGAUGGUGUUCCCGUAAAACCCAAACCGAACCAUUGGAUUUGGUUCCGAUUUGAUUUGAAAUUGCUAAACUAUCGAUUCAUUUUGGUUUCGGUUCAGGACCGGUUCGGUCCAAACCUAAUAAGGUAGCCCAAUAAGCCUUUUCCCGUUCUCAGUGGCAAUCUCGUGAUUCGAGCGCCAGAAAACCCUCCGUCGAUUCCGUUCGCCUGUGACCAUCCUCAGUGGCAAUCUUGUAAUACGAUGGCCAUCAACCCUAGGUUGAUUCCGUUCGCGCACCUAUAUAACCCCGAGAUAGCGGCGACGCCUGCUCUUCUCUGUCGUCACAUCGCGUCGCAACUCGAGCCCUUCCAAGAUGUCGAAGCGAGGUGUGACUCCCAUCUCCGUUUGGAUUGCUAUUGAUUCUUUUGUUGCUUCUGCGAUCCGGCUUCUAUUCGAGAACCAGUCGAGAUCCAAGGUUUAGGGUUUUAUGUGGUGUUGUUUGAUCGGGAUUUGCUUCGGCGGGGAACAAGUUCCGGAUGUCGCUGGGUCUGCCGGUGGCGGCUACGGUUAACUGCGCCGAUAACACGGGGGCGAAGAACCUUUGCAUCAUCUCCGUGAAGGGCAUCAAGGGCCAUCUUAACCGCCUUCCCUCCGCUUGCGUCGGGGACAUGGUCAUGGCCACCGUAAAAAAGGGCAAGCCCGACCUGCGGAAGAAGGUCAUGCCCGCCGUCAUCGUCCGCCAACGCAAGCCAUGGCGCCGAAAGGACGGCGUCUACAUGUAUUUUGAAGAUAAUGCUGGAGUGAUUGUUAAUCCCAAAGGUGAAAUGAAAGGAUCUGCUAUCACUGGACCCAUCGGGAAGGAAUGUGCAGAUCUGUGGCCGAGGAUGCUUGAGAUCAACAGCCGAGGUUUUGGAUUAUGAUUAUAUGUUUCAAGAGAUAGGACAUCAGAGUAAGAAUGGUUGCACAUUUGGUUUAUGGCUCUUCAAUGAUCAAAAUCAGGAUUAACUGUGAUUUAAGAUUGCGAUCAAGAUUAAGGUUGGCUAAUUUUCUCUUUUUUUUAAUCUUUAUGUUCUUGCUAGUUGAGUAAAUCUGAAAUUGUUUAUUGGUUUUUAAAGGAUGUUAUUUUAGUUUUAAAUUUGAGAGCAUAUUAUUGUACAUUGGAAAAUCUCAAGGAAAUGAGGGUGAAAUUACCUUGAUCCCAGUAUUGUGAAUCACUGAUUCCCCUCAUUAUUUGACACUUUUUGUUUUAAAGAAAAGGAUGUAUUAAUUUAAUAGCAAAAGCAUACAAACUUGUCGGAGGCAAAUUCUCUCUCCAGAAAACUUGGGAAUUGUGAAGUUAUGUCACGCCCCUCGUUAAGCAAUCAAAUUUUGAGCUGCCAUUUACAAAUAUAUAAUCUUUUGGUUGAUAUUAAAAUUUGGUACCAGGUUAGUUUGCACUGGACAUUACUCUAGAAAACAGAUGGAUCAUUCUUAUAAUAAUCUGGGAUUAUGAUCUUCAGUACCUUUUUUCCGAAAAUUUUCUCUUAUUAAAUUGACAAAAUGCUUCUCUUUAACUUCUUUUAUAUUUUAUGUUGCAGUAUUAGAUAGUCAUGUAAAGCAGACUGUUAAUUCUAGUGAUCUUUUUUUUUUUGUGAAUAGAUUGUUAAUUUUAGUCACUUGUUGACAAACCUAUAAAUGUCUUCUAUGACUUGAAAAUUUAGAAAUUCUCUAUUAUUGAGUGGUUGUAUAUUUGUCUAUGAGGUGAACAUGACCAAUUUCUUCUUUCCAUAGAAGUAUCCAAAGCUGCCACAAAACAAUCAAGUGUAUUUGUUGACACAUUAAUCUUUGUUCUCUUAUUUAAUACACUAUGCAUGCUAAUAGUAUCUGCUAAGGUCUUUUAGUUUUCUUUCCCUGUUGUGUAGAGUGGCUACUGCAUUUUGCAAUUUCUUUCUAUUUUCUCUAUCAUCCUUUUCAUUUCUAAUUGUGCAUACGAUUAAUUAGUUCGCAAAUAUUCUCAUUUUCCUCGUAAAAAGAGGAAAAAAAAAGGCUGCUAAGCCCAGUGCAUAAAAUAAGUGAUGCCCACUGGAACAUGAUAAGAUAAAAAAUGUUCAAUUAUUAGCUAAUUUAAAGUAAGUGAUAAAAAAAAUCGACUUGUAGGAAGGCUCAAGUAUUUUUUUUUCCCUAAAGAGAUCUAAGCACCUGUUAACUUUGAAGUACUCAAAUGUUUUUUUCACGUUAUAUGUUUAUCUCCUGGCCAUCAUUUAUAUUUGCAAGUGCCAUAGUAAAUAUUCAUGUGUGUGUUUGUGUGUUUCAUGAUACGUUAAAAUGGAUGGAAUUUUAACAUCCUACAUGAGAAUCAUGUGUUGCAUCAUUCUAGUACGUGUCAUCAGCGUCAUUGAAAUCUUAUCCAUGGUUUACGGAACAGUUUUGGAUGAACUAUUCGACUUUGCGUACUGGUGAUACUUGCUCUAUUUUCCACUUUCUCAAGCUCAGUGAGUAGCUGUCAUGCAUGUUCUUUUUGUAUGCUAGGUAAAGUAUAUAUUCCUUUUACCAUCAAAUAUAACAGCUGCAUACUAGCAAGAUUUUUAGCACCUCCACUUGGCAUGUUCUUUUCCGUUCCUAAGAGCUCAGCUGGUAACCUUUGCAGGAGAAUAGAACCUGCCAAGUGAAGACAUCUUACUUGACAACUCUCGUUCUUCAGCAAAAUCUGUACUCACAGGUUUGGUUAUCUCACUUGUCGUCUUCAUACUAAAUUUUCUCUACUCUAUGAUGAUCAGAGAGAGAGAAAGAGUUGUGUGGUGAUCCAACUGGGUCCAUUGAUCUAGAGUGUGCUUUGAUGGAUCUGAAAGAAGUCCUGUCCGUGAUCUCAUUCCAAAGUCAAUCUCUUUUACUUUCACCAGAUGAUGACAUGAGGAUCCCAACAAAGACCUGACAGCCCAGGUGGAAUGGACAAUCCACCUGACAGAGUCCAUCUUGCAGGAUCUUGGCAUUUGAAAGCCUGACAGAAAGUACUGAGAGCAGAUUUAGAUCUCUGCUGUUGGGUCUUUCUUUUUAGGUGGGGCAUCCAGGAAAAGAGUGCUUUGGUGGACCUCAGCAUGUCAUCACAAUUGAAUAGAAAUGCUUAUCAUAAAGUGAAAAAGGAAGUCUCAAAUACAUAGGCUACCAUUAAACUUGCAAGUGCAGGACAAAUCUUGAUUCAGAUAAAAGCUUUCCCCCAUCUAUUUGUCGGCCACUUUGUUGGUGUUGCAAUGCCUUCCUCAAUUGGCUCCCUUUGUCAUACUAGCUUGCCCUAGGUUAAUGAUAGUUGCUGCAAUAUACAUGUAUUUAACCUAAUUAUGCUCCAUUACAUUGGUGACACGUCUCACACCUACUGAGUGAGAUCUUGGGAGAUCCUAUUGAGACUGUGCCACACAAAUCUCUCAUGAAAGGCACAUUGUCCAUCAGUUAAUGUCUGAUUUUUCCAUUAUUUAACGACUACGAUCACUGUAGAAACUGUUCUAUUGAUGUGAUGGGAUCUACACUUUUGAGCCAUAUUGAUUUGUGUGAGUGAGCAUAUCACAGAGAAAGUUUUUUAGAAUGAUUUGGGAACAGAUGCAUUACUAUUAAAGUAAGUCAUGCGAUUUUGUCUUUACAGAAUUAAAAAUCAAUUGUCCAGCAUCUUCUUUUCAGUAGUUUCUUAAAAACCACAAUAUCAUGAUAUGUAGUGAGGAUUUUGGUGCCCCUCCACAGAAGACAAAUAAACUACAAGUAUAUUAUUAUCACAAUAAGUUGUUGUUGUCAAACAAAUUUCUGAUGUGGUUGAUGAAAAAAACUAGACAAAAUAAAUCUCAUAGAACCACAAAUUUAGGGUACUAAACUUUCCUAUUGAGCUUUGGCUACUGGGAAGUAGUGGUCAAUAGAUGGUACUUGGGAGUUGUCCAAUCCUAAUCGGUUGGCUGGUUUGGAUGAGAACUGGUACUCGUCAAAGAGGAAGCAAAUCGAUUGAUGGGUCAAACUUAAGAGUUAGGGUGCUGCUGCAUAACUUAUCCUUGAAAGAACAAAGAACUAGCUUGCUGUUUUGGACUAACACACUUCUGUCAAUGCACAUAAUGUUCUAGAAAAGCAAACAGUAGUGGAGAACAUACUCGAUAGGAUAAAAUAUGAUGAUGAUGAUGAUGAUGUUGCAACAGUACAAGAUAGGCAUAGUUAAUCUGUAUGGCCUAAGAGCAAUCCACUGACUUGGUCCAUGCAUUUCUUUUUCUCACUUGUGAUGCACUUACAGCAAUAAAAUCUCAAAAACAACACCAAAGAUGCAUCGUCUCAGAUACAUUGUCUCCUUCCUCAUCUGGAGAUACAGAAAAGGCAAGUUUUAGGAAUGACUUAUUUGCAGACUAUGAGAAGAAGUGAAGCAGAUAGGAUACUUAAAGCUUAAAGCUUUGUCAGUUUCUUAAUUACCCUCUCUCUCUCUCUCUCUCUCCCUCUCUCGCCAUCCUUUGCAUCGGAACUAUAUAUAUAUAUAUAUAUAUAUAUCGAUGAAGCUUUCAUCCUUGUGAGAUAUCAGACUCCAUGCCAUGCGUCUCAUCCUACCACUUCAUGCAGGUCACAUCCCUUGUGAGAGCUCAAGCAUGAUGGAAGGAGAGGGGAAGAAGAGUGAAGAGAAGAAAGACGAUGGAGGAGCAGCUCUACAACCGUCACAACAUGAAGAACAAAAGGCCAAGGUGGUAUUUUGUUCAUCUUCUUCGUCGUCGUCGUUGUCUCCUACGCUUGAGCUCAACCUCAUCGAGUCGCUGGUCUCAGUACCCUCGGAGCCACCACCGGCGGAGGCAACAACCGAGUUGGAGCCGCGGGUAUUCCCCUGCAACUACUGCAGGCGGAGGUUCUACAGCUCGCAGGCCCUCGGCGGGCACCAGAACGCGCACAAGCGCGAGCGCACCCUGGCAAAGCGUGGGAGCCACGGCGCAGGCUUUGGCGAAGCCAACUGCGGAUACGUACCGAGCAUGGCUUCGUUGCCGCUCCGAGGGACGUACGCCGGCAGGCCGCUCGGCAUACAGGCGCACUCGAUGGUCCACAAGCCGCACAAAGUGACGUCACCGCCGCUGGCCGCUGCGAUGUUCUACGGCCAACAUGGCUGGUCGAUUUCUCCGAUAAUUAGCCGUCGACCGGAGGUAGGACGCAUCUCCACGGAGGUCAUCCAUGCCACAACAAUACCUCCGCCGGUGCAGCUCAACGACCCCGCCGCCGCCGCCGCCGCCGCCGCUGCUGAAAUGAUUCAAGAGGUUGGUGGUAAUCUUCUGACCAGUAGGCGAGAGAAGUUGCCUAAGCUUGACUUGUCCCUCAAGCUCUAGCGCUGUUGUCUCUCUCUGGGAAUGGGAAUGCUCCUAAUUUUCAGUCAGCUUAUGCAAUCAAUCUUAUAGCUUUAAUUA